UGAAUCUCAUCUGAUCCUGUUGCCUACAGAAUAGAAUGUAAUGAACCAGUCAAACUCUGUGGAAGUUCACGGUAAAGCUGUACCUAUUUUUAUAAAUAAUUUAGAAGCUGCAUACUGAUUGAUCAUUGGUUUACAUUUUCAAUUUUUCUCUUCCUCUGAUUUCAGGUACAACCAAAACUUUAUCAGACCAUCUGAAACGGAAGCACGAUGAAGCAUUCAAGACCUAUAACGCGGACAAAGAGCGGCUUGAACUUGAAAAGAAAAAGCGUAAGGAGGAAUCAUGUGGAGCUGCCCACCCCUUGAUUACAACGGUUCUUAAAAAAAAGAAAAUUCAGUGGUCUUCCAAGCAUCCCAAAGCCCAAGCCCUUACAAAGAAGACGGCGCAGUGGCUCGUGAAAGGUUUCCACCCAUACACAGACGUUGAACAACCAGAGUUCCUUGAACUAAUAGAAAUGACAGAACCUAACUACCAUGUGCCAUCAGCGGACAAUUUCGCAUCGGUAAUUAUUCCAGAACUUUAUAAUGAAAAAAAAGCAGAGUUAAAGAAAACCAUUGACGAGGAUAAAGAUUCCAUGUCUUCAUUUUCAUUCACUACUGAUGGUUGGACAUCAAAAGCUGGGGACUCCUAUUUAGGUGUUACUGGCCACUACCUUGAUGAUGACUUUUAUUUUAAAAAUAUGUGUUUAGGUCACGAAAAAUUGAAUGGAUCUCACACUGGUGUUAACAUGAAAAAUGCUCUUCAAAUUAAGUUAGCAGAAUAUAAUUUAAUCCCAUCAACUAUCCCAAUUUAUGCUGUCUCUGAUAACGCACCAAAUAUUGUUAAUGCUCUUAAUUUGCUGUCAUCAGAAGAUGUUGAUGUAACCCGCAUACCCUGUUUCGAUCAUGGCCUUAAUCUUGCAGUUUCCGAUGUGAAGGAACAAACAAAAAAUUUUAGCAACACAUGCGCAAAAACAAGGUCUCUUGUUGGCUUCUUUAAACAUAGUUCCUCUGCUCGAGACGUCUUCCAUGAGGUGCAAAUUGAGAGAGGACUGCCACCUCUUGAACUUAUGCAGGACGUUCCCACCCGAUGGAAUUCGGAAUUCUUGAUGUUAUCACGUCUUUGUAAGGUCAGAGAACCUUUAAGCAUAGCCAUCGGUCGCUUGAAAGACAGCCCUGUAGAGGAUCUGACAACCAGAGAAUGGAGUGUUGUUGAGUCGUAUGUUAAUGUUUUACGACCCUUAUAUGAUGCUACCGUCACUAUGAGUGCUGAAAAUAAACCUACAAUUUCUUCUGUCAUUCCUACCCUCAGUACUGUGGAAGAUAUUUUAACAGGUAUUGUGAGUACCGAAAUAGGAACAACCCCAAGUAAAACAUUAGCAAAGAAUUUAAAGUUACAAAUUCAGUCACGUUUUCCAAACUACACAGAAGACAAGAUUUAUGUAAUAAGUAUGAUGCUUGAUCCAAGGUACAAGGAUAUGCUUAUCGAUUCAUCAAAAAAAAACAGAUGGGUUGAAGUAAUAAAGACCGAAGCCAACAAAAUGGCUGAAGCUUUGGCUGAGAAGGCAAAAAAAGCAUCUCAAGUUACUGCUACUCCCUCAACAUCACAAGUUAAUGCCCCUUCAAGCUCAACUACUCCUGCAACAAGUUUGAGAGCUUCGAUGAAAAGAGUGCUUUCCCAAAAAACGAGCCAAAGUGAAAUGUCAGUUAAGUCCCUUCUGGACCUGGAAUUAGGUCACUAUUUUGCAGAAGCUCCAAUAGGACUUGAUGAUGAUCCGCUCAAGUUCUGGCGCGAAAGUAGGUCCAAAUACCCCCUACUUAGACCAGUUGCAAAAAAAUAUUUGGGGAUUCCUGCGUCGCAAUGUGCUUGCGAACGUCAAAAUUCUACUGGAACUAAUGUUGUUACCGCAAGAAGGAGACGAUUGACACCCUUACACGUCGAACAAUUAGUUUUCUUGCAUGAAAACUUGUAAUGGUGAUCUGCACUUGUCCAUGUAAACACGGAACAAAAAAUUAAAUUGCUAAUCUGACAAUUCAAUUGCUAAAAAAAGUGACUGCAACGU